AUGUGGUUUCGUGGCUUCCAUAACGGUGGUACCCUGACGCUAUCCAGCCCACUGGCUGUAGAAAUCGCGGCGGCGCUGACUAAAGACUCUGUCAAAAUACAAAAAAACAAAAGACUGAGCAGAAGCGAGGGUGACCUGCGGACUACUGACGGUGACUUGGGGGAUAUCCGGCGCAGCAGUUGGUCGACCAGUGGACCGGCAGAGGUCGCUCUCGACGACACUGUCCUCGUCAUGAUGAAGGAGAGUCCAGUACAAGUGCAGUUGUCGCGGUGCGUGGGCGCAGGGCACCUGCCGUCGCCCGCGCCGCAGCGCGUAUCGCGACUGGUUGCUGAUGCCAAGGAUGACAGCAUGUCCGACCGCCGCUCACUUCUCUCCGUUGCAUCCGGCAUCUACGAAGAAAUCCCUGACCUGCCCGAACAACUCUACACAAAGAUGUCUCGCGACCAAGUCGACGGGCCCAAAGAAAACGCUACUGACAAGUGCAGUGAUAAGUGUAGUGUCAAGUGCGAGACUUGUAUGGAUAGAGUGUUACGAUUGGAGGAACCGACGUAUGAGUCAGUGGCGGAGUGUGUAUACGCUACCAUGAGGAGGACGGGGAAGAAAUACCCGCCGCCGCUGCCGCCGAGACUGCCGUUUGGUACAAUGAAGCUUGGUGAAUCCUGGAACUCGCGCAUCAACAGCGGAGACGCGGUGACGCGGCACAGCUCCCUGGGCUCCCUGCCGCGCUGCUGCAGCGUCAGCUCCACCAGCUCCGACUCCAAGACCAAGACCCUGCCCAAGGGGACCCGCCAGCGGAGACGCGGUGACGCGGCACAGCUCCUUGGGCUCCCUGCCGCGCUGCUGCAGCGUCAGCUCCACCAGCUCCGACUCCAAGACCAAGACCCUGCCCAAGGGGACCCGCCAGACGCGGUGACGCGGCACAGCUCCCUGGGCUCCCUGCCGCGCUGCUGCAGCGUCAGCUCCACCAGCUCCGACUCCAAGACCAAGACCCUGCCCAAGGGGACCCGCCAGCGGAGACGCGGUGACGCGGCACAGCUCCCUGGGCUCCCUGCCGCGCUGCUGCAGCGUCAGCUCCACCAGCUCCGACUCCAAGACCAAGACCCUGCCCAAGGGGACCCGCCAGAAUCCUGGAACUCUCGCAUCAACAGCGGAGACGCGGUGACGCGGCACAGCUCCCUGGGCUCCCUGCCGCGCUGCUGCAGCGUCAGCUCCACCAGCUCCGACUCCAAGACCAAGACCCUGCCCAAGGGGACCCGCCAGGCCUUCAGCGUGUUCCGAAAACGCCUGAAGAGCGACUCCCGCAUAAUGUCGCCCAAGUCCGAAACCGCCAAGGAAAACAAAGACGUCGAGACCAAGAAGAAGAAGUUCGACUUCACGCCCACGCGCGACAUCUUCAAAAACUUCAAGGUCAGCCGGAAGAUGAAAAACUUGAAAAUCGCCCCCGGAAGCUUAUCCAAAGUCGGAGAGACCAAAAGCUGUGAGUUCUUAGACGAGGAGCAUGUUACAGUCGCCACGGCCCGCUGCUCAAAAUCAGUCGAGUGUCUCGAACCUAACGACGAAUUUGACAAUUUCGACUUAUCUUUAGAAUUCAACGAUAUAUCAUCCCUAACCUUACCUCAGGAGAUAGUCGACCUGAUAUUGCGCAGCGAGCACAUGAACAAGAUCCGUCUAAAACAUGAGAUGAGCGAGAGCGAUUAUAUGCCGAUGUCCCCGAUCUGCCCGCCCGCGCCCAUCGAGCACCAUUAUAUAGCCAUGUCGCCGAGCACCAACCUUGCUUGAAGACUGAUUUUGAUCUGUUUGCCCUGAAUCAAAACUUACAUUUUGCUGGACAUCAAAUUAUAUCAGUAAUAUUAUGGCUAUUGGCUGAAAUAGUCAUGACAAAAAGGUGUAAACCUACAGGUCUUUCUGCGAAAUUUGAUUUAAAAACUUUUUUCUGAUGUAACUUUAAAAACAAAGUUUUUUUACAGGCUCAGGUUUGGAAAAGAGUCUUAAGUAGCAAAAGUUGAGGAAUUUGACAAAAAUUUUAAAAAUUCAAUUUGGGGUCAAAUUCAAUUUUUUUAAACUUCUGUUUUUAAGAUUUUCGUCUCUUCAGUCUGUUUCAAAUGGUUUAUUUUAAACAACUAUACUGAUGCAGUAGUUCAAAAUUCGCACACCGCGAGUCAGUCUAAGAUAGCCAACGAUUUAGACAGCCUUGUCACUUGUCAGUGCAAACGUUCUAAACGUUAAAGUUCGAUGAAAAACCUUCAUGGUUUUUCAACCCCGCCUCAGGGUUAUUAAAAUUGUUGCCAAAGUUACCUUAGACUGACUCUAACAGUUUAGUCAACUUUCAGUAUUUUGUAAAGUAUUGAUUCAGGGAUGAUGUUGCCAGACAAAAAGCUGUUUUGCUAGCUUAGGUACGUGAUAUUUUUAACACUUACUGUUAGAAUUACGAGGUGGAAGUAUUAGAGUGAUCUCAUUUUAGAGUCAAACGAAGUAGGUAGUCUGACGGUAUGCUGAACGAUAGUUAACCUUACGGCCUUACCUAUAUUUUCACUGCAAUAUUGGCAGACACAGAUCGGACAUGAGGAGGAGGUUUCUGCAGAUCUUACAUGGCGGGCGAUUUGUAUUGAAUAUGCUUGUCACAAGUUCAAGAACCCACACACACUUUUAGAUGGACGCUCCUAUUGAGCUACUGCGCAAUACACGCGCAUCAUUUCCAUGUAUGUGUAUAUGCGAACGACCAGCUAGUCGUGUCAUCAGUGAUGACUCAUCACGCACGCACACAACGACGUCACUCAACUCGAAUUCCAUAUUAGCAAAUCUUUCAAAUUCGUUUUAAGUUCUUGUAAAGAAGCAUUUUACUAGAAGGAAAGUAGCUUAUUGCCGGCCAUAUAAUGCAGUGAAAAUAUAACCCGUUUAGAAGGUCCUUAGGGGAUACUAUUAUUCGUUAAAGUGUGCCUUUGUUUAUGACGACUGUUCGGGCAGCUAUUUGAGUAGAAUAAACGCGGCCUGUUUGGCUUAAAUUAUUGAUAAUCGUAGAAUAAGGCUGCUUUACUGUAGUUAAGGUUUCCUAACCCUUAAUAUAUGUGGCAUUCCAUAUCUAAAAGGUCUGAUAAAAACGUCUUUAUUGCAAUUGAAAUGGGGACCCUUUUAUUGGGAUGUCACGUUUGGUCCAAACGAUAAAGGUAGCAACAGAGGUAGUGACUUAAGAUUUUAUCUUAUCUAUCUUGAAUUACUAGUCUGCCCAAGGUAAGUUUGCAACGAUUUAGACAGCCUCACCAGUACAAAUAUUAUUAUGAACAUCUAACUUGAUGAAUUUAUGAUAUUUACUUGACUCUUGCAGGCCGUUUUAUCCAAAUCGUUGCUAACUAAUCUUGGCCUGGCUCUAUAUGUGUCUGGACCUUAAUUAUCAAAUGAGAUAGCAAUAAAUGUAGUAAAGUGAUCAAAAUGAUCUGUGCACGGUCUAUAUUACAAUACUGUAUUCUGAUCGAAAGUUCGAAACACUUUCCAUUUAGUUAUAUCUGCUGCUACCGUUCUUUUACCUUAUUGUAACUAAGUUAGUAUAACUAAGGAUAGACGAGGAUUUUACAUGACAACGGAUCCAAAGAAGUAAAAAUCGGCGGCAUUGUUUAUUAUUGAAACUUACUAGAGACGUAAAAGUAUUAAUUUUAUUGGUAGUUAUACAUUAUAAUUGCGGUUAUAGUUAACAUGUUAAGCGCGCUAGACGUAUAUAGACGUCUUUCUAUUAUGUGUAGCGCAUGAAUGGUUUAGGAAUGUAAAAAGUCAAUGGUCAGAAGUGUUCAAUAAUUCUAAGGAGCGAAUUAGAAAUCCUUAGGAAAGAAGUAAUAGCUAAAUUUACACUAGGUAUUAUUUCAGUCAACCUAAUUUGGCAUUUAGGCUACAAGGGUCACAUGUGUAU